AUGGUUCUGCAGCCGUCAGAGACCCCAGUGAGGAGAACAGUGACUCUCAGAGUCUCUGCAGAGCUGCUCAGGAGGACAGAGGAGGACGGUGAGUCUCUGAGAGGACCAAAUGACAGAGAGACGAAUGCUGUCCAAACUCUGGGAGACAGAGUUAAUGAGACAGAUGAGAUGCAGCAGGAGAACGAGGUGAGGAGGAGGAGUGUCUGUAAGGAGAACAAAGCUCCAGGAGAGGAUGUGAGGAGGAACUUGAGAACACAGAACGCGAGGAGCGAACCUAAACGGGCCAGGACCAGGACUAGGACAGGAUCUGGACUCAGAUGUGAAGGAGAGGUCCAGGUGUGUAGACCAGAGGUCAGAGUGGCCCUCAUCAGGAAGACCAGGACUCAGACCUCCAUCCAGACUGACCCAGGACCUGCUGAGACCCAGAGGGACCGCAGGACACAGACCAGAACCACAGAGGCCUCCUCUCAGGUCAGAAUCAGGUCCAGGUCCAGGUCCCCUGCAGGUCUGGUUACAGAGACCAGGAGGAGGAGGAGGGUCCACCCAUCUGUGUUCAGAGGCAGAGGUCAGCUGCAGCUGUCAAUCACCGCGGGGGCGGGGCGGCUCAGCGUCCACAUCCACAGGGCCAGAGGACUCAGGUCAUGUGACUCGUAUGUGAAGUUGGCGGUGACCUCUGACCUCAGCAUCAGGAUGAAAACUCCGACCGUCCUGAACAACAGAAACCCUGAAUACAAACACAAGUUUACACU